AGGUGGCUUUACCCACAUCUGACCAUCAUACCAUCCACUUUCUUCAUAUGGUACCACAGCUGAUAGAAGUCUGUCACCAACAUAACUCCAACCCUGGAAUUUGAAAAGUGUAUAAUCAGCAUAAAUACACUUUACGCACUCCAAGAUUAAGAAUUGGUAACUAUAAAAAGGUAGUCAUACCAGAUAAAUUCUUAAAAGAAUCAAAGACACGAAGAAAAGAGUUCCUGUUCCAGCAGCUAGUAUGAAUCUUAAAGGUUCCUGCAAGAUGAGAAUGAGUCACAAAGAUAACAUGAAAUCAUUGUGUGCAAGUACAAUAUUAUGUGGAAUGAAAUAUUUCUGUACUCUCCUAUGCUUGAACUAAAUUUUUGAGUUGUUUUUGGAGAAAAUGGUGUGGACAGUCUUGUUGAGCAGGAUUCAACUUAACAUUUAGCCAAAUUUUUGUCAAUGAGGCAUUGGUCUAGUGGUUGAGGACAACUUCUUGCCAAGCAGGAUCCACUCUGCACAUAUUGUUAUUAUUUCAGACUUACUCUUGAAGGAUCAAAGCUUGCAGCAGCUAUUGGAACUCCAAGAACAGUGAAAGUUACUAACCAUAACCCUCCUACACGAAGGAAAAGGGGGCCUGGUCCCAGUUCGCCCCAUGAGUACAAAACUCCAUCCUUCAGAGAUGAGUACUCAUUCACCUGUCGUCAGAUCAGAUGAAUGGACUAACAAAGCAUACAUUUUCUAGCUCCCAUAGAGCGUUAUCUUACCACCAUACAUUUUUGGCAUGGAUUGAGGGACAUACCGGUCUUUGUUCAAAGGGGACCUCAAUUUCCAAGCCAGGGUCCCAACUUUGGCCUUGGGAGUGGCUUGUACCUCCAUCUGUCUCAUCUCUCAAAGCCCUUACUGAAAGCAGCCAAGAAGGCUUUUGUGUUCUAUGGUACUUGGGUAAGCUUGAACCAUAGCUGCGCCCAAGCUUGUUAUGUCUUGCACUAGGAAUAAGAGAGCAGUACAAAUUCAGUCUGAUCAUUCUAUUCUUCUAUUCAAAGCCAACGCAGCAGACUAAUCUCUGUUCAUAUGAACUGGCAAAGAGAAAGAACAAGAUAUUUGAGCUCGCCUAUUAAAGGCCAUGGUUAAGGUUUUUCUUUUCUUUUUUGGUUAUUUUUUUCCUAUCCAGAAGCAUGGCUAAGAUUCAUUACGGGCCCAUACAUGACUUCCGUGGAGCAAAAACAAUAGAUAUUGCAAUUCAUUUUGUUUUGCAUUUUUCCCUUUGAUGAAGGUUGUUUUGUUAUACACUGUCCAUUUCAUGGGGCCAGUUGAAGCUUUGGGAGCGGGCGAGUUUUGGAGGCAUAGCCCGUGCAGCGUGGCAGUUGUUGCCUUACAUGCUACUUACGUGCGAAUGGCUUAUGCUUCCACGAGCAAGAGUGGUCAAAUUCAUUACGUGGGAUUACUUACCCCUUUUUAAAAAAAUAAUUAAAAAAAAAAAGGGAAAAAAGGGUUUCUCCCAGUACCAGUGUUUCCUCGGCAUUUGAUUCUAACUGUCGGUUGCGUCAUAUGUUUUUUUUUUAUGCCUAGUGCCUGCAGAGAAAUUGCAAUUUUAUUUUAAAGGUGUAAAAUGGAUAACUAAGAACUGGGGGAGAUCAUAGAUGAUCUAAAACCUUCCUUUUAAGGCGUAUGUUUUGAUUCA